CCCGCCUCCCACCGCGCCGGCGCCAUGGCCGCCCAGGGGAUCCGGGCGCUGGCGAGACAAGCACUUGGGAGGUCACCGCCCUGGGCCGAAGACUUCCGACAGCAGCUCUACUCAACCCUCCAUUCCGCUUCCGAGGGAGCCUGCGGCGGCUCCGCGCCCGGCUCCUGGGGAACGGCCGAAGAAGAACAGAGGCAUCCAGCAAACCGAGAGUUAACACCGGCGGAGAGGCACAUCGCCGAGCUGCACCGGGCCGCCUGCGCGGCUGGCCAGCUAAGCUAUUUGGAUCCAGCUACUGGCUAUGUGGUUCUCACCAGGCUGGCCCACUUGCAGAGAGGUGCCUGCUGUGGUUCUGCCUGCAGACACUGUCCAUAUGGCCAAGUCAAUGUGAAAGAUCCAUCUAAGAAGAAGCAAUUCAACUCCUAUUUUUAUGUUUGACAACAACUUCACAUCUAUUUUGUCAAAUUAAACUGAUGUUUUUGAAAAUAAAGCCCUGGGGCUGGAAAGAUGGCUCAGCGGUUAAGAGCACUGACUGCUCUUCCAGAGGUCCUGAGUUCAAUUCCCAGCAACCACAUGGUGGCUCACAACCAUCUGUAAUGGGAAUCCGAUCCCCUCUUCUGGUGUGUCUGAAGAGAGCAACAGUGGACUCACAUACAUGAAGUAAAUAAAUAAAACCUUUUAAAAUUUUGGAAAAAA